AUGGCAGGCGACGAUAUUGAGCGGUACCUCAAGCAGACGCAUGACCGCGUCUUUGAGAACAACCGGCGCUGGGCCGAGGACAAGAAGAAGCAAGACCCCAACUUCUUCGUCAGCCUGUCGCAAGGCCAGGCCCCCGAAUACCUCUGGAUCGGCUGCAGCGACUCGCGCAUUCCCGCCGAGCAGAUCUCCGGCCUCGAGCCCGGCGAGGCCUUCAUCCACCGCAACAUCGCCAACAUGGUCAACAACAUCGACCUCAACGUUAUGAGCGUCAUCAACUACGCCGUCUGCCACCUGAAGGUCAAGCACAUCGUCAUCUGCGGCCACUACGGCUGCGGCGGCGUCAAGGCCGCCAUGACCGCCAAGGACCUCGGCCUCCUCAACCCCUGGCUCCGCAACAUCCGCGACGUCUACCGCCUGCACGAGGCCGAGCUCGACGCCAUCAAGGACGAGGACUCCCGCUACAACCGCCUCGUCGAGCUCAACGUCAUCGAGCAAUGCCGCAACGUCAUCAAGACCGCCGAUAUCCAACAGUGCUAUGCGAAGAACAAGUACCCCAUCGUCCACGGUUGGGUCUUUGACUUCCACGACGGCCUCCUCAAGGACCUCAAGAUCGACCACGAGGCCAUGCUCCACGAAAUCCAGAAGCUCUACCACCUCCCCGGCGCCGACUUUUAG